UUACACGGUACGAUAAAUAUGUUAAAUCUGUAUGCUCGCUGCUGGACUCGUAGAAAGGCUGGUCGGUCCCGAAGAGAACCCGACACUGCUUCACUUCGCGGCACGUUUCGGCCUGGAGAGACUGGCCUGGCAGCUCCUCGAGUGUCCAGGGGGCGAGAUAGCUUGCGACCUGAGGAACGUGUCGGAGCUGACGCCCGCGGAUCUUGCGGAACAAGCGGGACACGCGAGACUGGCGCAUCAGCUUCGUGGCUACAUGCAAAUGAACGAGUUCACUAACAUGUACAGCUACCUGAAAGUGAUCAGCGAGACCACGACAGACCAAGCUGCGAAUGCGGAUCCAUCGUCGACUAACGAAGCCACUAACGAUAAGGAGGAUUAUUGCCGUCCGCGGCCUUUAAGCGAGGCUUACUCGGUGCCACCGGCCGCGAGGCCAAUAACGUCUCUGAUCUUGCCAGGCCAAUCGCCGGUAGUAACCCCUGAACCGAGCACCACCACUACCACCACCCCGUUAAACCCCAUCGAAGCGAAUUACUCGAUCGUGCCAGCACCGACCCCCGUCGUCUCUGCGAACGGCCUCGAGCUUCCGCUUCAAGGAUACAUGAAAAUGCAUCCAGCUG